AUGACAUUAUUAAUAACAAACAGUCGAGAUGUUCACGAAGCAUAUAAAGCAUUCUUUUAUGCCUAUGCAAGGUCUGGUUGGUUGGUAUUAAACUUUGCAUCACCUGACAAAGGAUCAAUCCUUCAAUUUAUAGCUGCUGGUCCUUCAAUUGAAGAUAUACACAAACUAUUAGAAAAUGAUAGAGUACAAUAUGUAUUGGUUAGAUUAAUGAAUAAACAACAAGAACAACCAUUCGAUGUAUUGGUCAAAUGGAUUGGAAAGAGUGCAAGAGUCGAUGAAAAGGCUAGAAGUAGUGGAUUGGAAACUGCCAUUCGAUCAGAACUCAAUUUCAAACACUGGAAAGAAUUAAAAGACAAAAAUGAUCUAACUGAAAAUUACUUUAGUUCGUUUAAACAUCUUCAACUAAGUAGAUGUGUAUUAAAGUUGCGAUUGGCCAGAUACUCGCGAGACUUUGCUAAAGUAUCAGAUGGACGACAAGAGUCAUAUGUAUUAACAUGGCAACAAGUAUGGGCGAUUCACACAGAGCAUCAGAAUUUAAUCGAGAUAAUCAAAGGAGAAGAUUCAAUCAAAAGUAUUCAACAUUUUAUGAAUGGAUUACCAUUACAAGCAAAGAUAGUGUGUCCCAUUGUCACUGCAGUAUCAUUAUCUUCGAUUUAUUUAUUUUAUAAUAAUACAAAACAACAAGAAACUAAACAAAAAUAUGAUGCAUUUGUUGAAAAUUGUAUUGCAAUGGUAACCAAUAUUGAAAGAGCAUUCUUUAAAGAGGAAUUAACAGAUCCAAACUAUAAAUUGGAUAUUCCCUACCUUGUAUCAUAUUCAAAGGCAAUGGAGAGCAGUAAGGUAUUGGCACGUCGAUUUGCAACAGACGAGAGAAUAACAUCACACCAAGUCUACAAACUACACUACACCAUUUCACAAUUACUCAGUAUCUGGCCUGAAAAGUAUUCACUCGAACUUAGACGCCAAAAUGAUAAUCCCACUGAAAUGUGUAAAGGCAACAAAGAGUAUAUGGAUCAUAUUGAAAAAGAUCCAUUCAUUCAAUCUGCAAAUAUAAUGGUUAAAUCUUUUCUUUCCUAUGGUGAUAGAAUUGAAAAAUGUUUAGAAUUGAUUGGAUAUUUAUUAAAAUCAAAUGGAGCUAAACAUUUACAUUAUGGAUUGGUGAGUGCUAUUGCCGAUGUGAUUAUGGAGACACCAAUGACACAACUAGAGCCAUACGCUACUUCGAAAUUAAAUUAUAUUGCCGAUUUCUAUAGUCCCUUUCAAUCACACUUUAUCGGAUACAGUAAUGUAUACCUUGCCAGCAAGAAAUUGGCUUCCUUUACACAUGGAGGUAUUCAUUCGAUUAUUGGUCGACUUCCAUUACUUCUUGUCAAACAAAAGGAGGAUAUUCUAUCUCGAGUCAUUCUACUUGCCUCUGGUGUACCAUUCCUUCAACUACAAUCAUUAUUGUAUAUCCUUCCACGUCCAACAAGUAGUCUAUUACUUGCAUCUACAGUGUCCAUUGUCAAUACAAUCGCACUUGAUAGUCUAUAUCUUGUCGGUCUCCAACAACAAAAUAACAACAACAAUAAUAAUAGUGUUCGAUCAUUCACACAAGGAUUGAUUAAUCUUUCAUUACUUUUCCUUCAUCCCGUAGCAACCAAUAUUACCAAUACUCGUAGACGAGCAUUUAUGAUGGAGCUAUUAUUCUUUGACGUCACAUCAAUUCAAACAAGUCAACAUGUUCCCGUUGAUAUUCUUGGUCAAAUCCUAUCUGAUGAUGAAGAGGAUGAUGAUGAUGAUGAUGAUGAUGAUGAAGAUAAUGAAGAUGAAGAUAAAAGUGAAGAAGGAGUUGACAGCAGCAGUGACCCAGUUCAAAUAAUUAAUAAACAAGAGUAA